ACUGCUCGACGUUCUACUGCUUCUGUCUGAGUGAUCGCAGUCGAUGGUUGCAUGGACCCAGUGUCGUGCUUUUAGCCCAGUGUUUAGUGACAGAACAAACAAACGUAGUUAAUUUUCUUUAAACCGGUUAAUAAUGGCGAACGACUCUGUGAAACUCUCCAAAAACCUCCUGCGCAUGAAGUUCAUGCAGAGAGGUCUGGAUGCUGAGACGAAGAAGCAGCUGGAAGAAGACGAGAAGAGGAUUAUAAGUGAUGAACAUUGGUGUCUAGACCUGCCAGAGCUAAAGGCUAAAGAGAACCUCAUCAUAGAGGAGAAGAGCUUUGUUCCCUGUGAAGACUUGAAGUACGGUCGCAUGUCGUUCGGGGGUUUCAACCCAGAAGUCGAGAAGCUGAUGGCUGUGAUGAAUCCUAAAGAUGAGGAGGAGAAACAGGAAGAGGAGGAAGAGCUCAGCCACAUGCAGACAGACAUCACCGAUGAAGAAAUGGCUCUGAGGUACGAGAGUUUAGUGGGAAGCAUGAAGAGAAAGUUUGCAAAGAAGCGUGAGCGAGCGGCGUUCAACGAGGACGAUGUGAACCAAAAUGCUGCAGAUUCAAAGAAAGUCUUUCUGAAACCUCAGGACUGAGGCCAUGGUGUGAUGGACUUCAGAAAUGUGUAUUUUUGUGUAAAUGACUCCAGACCUUUUUUUUUUUACCAGCUGUGUUUGCAGAAACUCUAUGUGGUGCUGACCAGUGAUGGUUGUAGAGCAGCGUGUACAGUGUUUUAAGGAUGACUGGAUGUUAUACAUCCUGGCUUUUAAAAACAGCUGGGCUGUGAACAGGCAAUGUUUUUACAGCCUGGAUGAGACUUUUAUUAAAAGCAGAGUUGAGUGUA